AAAAUGUUUUUUAAAUCUACAGUUGGACAGGGAUACAGGGUAGCUUUGGAACAUCAUGUGGAGCGCAGAAAGGGUAUUUUUGCCGAGAAUCUUUUGGAUCUUCGAGCGAAGACGAAAGAUCGAUUUCAGUUAAAGCAAAAACCUGAAAAGCUGAAUAUAUUUUUAGACGAUGGAACAGAGGUGGAAGACGAUGAAUAUUUGAAGACUAUAAAACCCAACUCACUUCUAGUUGUGAGAGUUGAAGGGAUGAAACCUAAAAGAGAAACUAAGUUUAACGUUGUGAAUACAAAUAUAUUUGAUCAUUUUCUCAGUUUGGUUCGAUGGAGUGGAGGAAAGGAUUCAAUUUAUCAGGAAGUUCUCGAGUUUAUGCGAGAAGAUUUUGAGACAAAGUACACAGAAAUCAGGGAUGGAACUUUAAGAAUUAUUACACCGGCUCAGCAUCUUUUGGGGCCUAAAAACCCCUUCGGCUCGGAUGGUAAGAUGAUGAGACUUGCCUUCCCUCCCUCGUUAUUUUGGCUGUUAUUGUUUUGUUGCAGUACACGUGACGAGGAUCCUGAUUGGUUCGGAGACCUCAAUACCCGAGCUAAAACAAAGGAGGAGUUUAUGUACAGAAACUGUCAGGCAAGAAUAAGGGGAUACUUAUCCCGUGCUGAACUCCAGCUCAAGGAAUGGAAGGGUUCCAUGAAAGCGCGGGAAAUGUUCCAGAAAAUUUGUGAAAGUUUCCGCCUGGAACUGAAGGGGAACGGGUUCCAUGGAGAAAUGUUCCAAAGAUCUGCUCAGCAGAUUAACAGAAUUUGUGACAGUGCGGGCUUAUUCAAAUGCGAAGGCUUAUACCGGGAACCACGGUGCUCCUAUUCAGCAGCAGGAGAAAAAAAUCAGGUUCAUGAGAUAAACCCAUAUAGGAGUAGGGAACACAGAAUACUCUUCUCAACCUGGAAUCUAGAUCAUGUCAUAGAGAGAUCCCGCAGUAUUGUCCCUAGCAUGAUAGAAGCUGUAGAAACUUUGGAAAAAUCAAAGAAAAAACUUAAGAUUAACAAUGAAUACUUUUAUUCUCUUCUAUUCACACGAAAGAAUCUUCGCCUUGUUCACAUAGUCUGCCACGACAAACAGGAGCAUGGGUCUGCUAAAUGUAACAAAGCUUUGUACUUCAAAUAAACCGCAGUGCUACAGUCGUUGUUGUAUAUUUCGAUCCAAUGAACACAACUUUUGAUUUUAAUUUUUGAUUUAUACCAAGAUUUUUAACAGAAUAAAUAAACAUAAACAUGAAAACAUAUAGAAGUUAGAAGCUGUCAAUUAACAGCUUCUCUCAGUUUACUUGCAAUGUUGUCAUUUGAAAAAAGUUUAUCAAAAAUCAAAAGAAAAGUCGUUUUCAUCGUAUUGAUAAUAGCGCCUACCACUGUUGUAUCUAUAUCUUAUUUGUACUUCAAACAAGCCAUUGUGCCUUUUGCUGUAUUAAUUUGUACUUUAAAUAAACCACUGUGCUAGUA